GCCGCCCUUUCGGCUCAUGUAGGGUACUGUACCUCGGUAAUAAGCCCCAAGAAACGCUUCCGUGUGCAUUCUAUUAGUGCAAGCCGUUUCGAAGGUUCCACUGCCCUGACAGUUCUUCAAUACUGUGGGACCGAAGCAGAUUCGCCGCUAUGCCGGGACGGAGGCCCUAUCGCCAAAUCAUCGACGGCGUUGCCAGGUGUCCUGUACUCGACCCAGAAAUCUUCCGCAAAAGCCUUCUUUUUCGUGCCGCGGAUGGCGACGUCGUUCAGAGCUCGUUCCCGAAAAGCGGCACGCAUUGGAUGCAGUACAUCACGCAGCUUAUCAUCAAAAAAGGCGAGGCGGUCACUACGCACGCACACUUUGCCAACAAUCUCCGCUUUAUCGAAUACAUGGGUUGCGACGGCUGGAAGUCACCACUUCCCGUGAGACUUCUGUUAACGCAUAACCCUCUAGAGCGAGAGACCAUGAACGAAAAGGCAAAGUACGUCUACAUCGCUCGGAACCCUUGGGACGUCUGCGUCUCGCUUUUUCGCAUGGCGACAGACCUGAGCCAUUACCGCUUUCAGGAUGGCACUUUCGAAGAGUUCUUCGAACCGUUUGUAGAAGGUGACUUAGGUUACGGAAAUUACUUUGACCACGUAGCAAAGGCAUAUGCUCUGAAGGACGAACCCAACGUGUUCUUUGUCACGUACGAGGAACUCAAGAAGGACACCCGAAGUACCGUGCUCAGGCUUGCACACUUCCUGGGAAAAGGUUAUGGCGAGCAUCUUGAGAAAGACGAACAUACGCUCCGGAACAUUCUAGAAUGGUCCACGCCUGAAUAUAUGAGGCGCGCCAUGGUUAUGAACCUGCAGGCUAACGAGAAUCCACUAUUAAAUGCGUUGUUUUCCAGAGACAACACGAAGAGCAAGCAGGGUUACGAGGGGGACUGCAACAAGUACACAGUGGUGCGAGAAGCGAAAGUUGGAGGCUGGAGGGAAUACUUCACGCCGGAGAUGCUGAGCCGUUUAGAGGAGAAGAUACGACAACAAGGUGAUAGGCUUCCUUCAUGACACUGUGGAGUGACAUAAGGCAACAGGCAAUUGAUUUGUCGAAACGUUAAGCGUGGUAUCAACCAUUCACUGAUAGUCACUCCUCUUCCUAGCAUAUAUUGUACGGAUCAAUAGUUGCUAUGAUAUUCCCAGAAUAAAUUCAGUUUUUUUUUCAAUUUCUUGUCGUUCUAUUAGUGAUUUCUUUGGCAGUCUUGUCAGGGUGGAUGAUGGGCUAGGUGGUGAUUAACUUUAGUAAAUGAACGGCGAG